AUGUAUUGCACUUUUUAAGAGAAGGAAGCUCUAGCUGACAUUUUUACUUAAGUUAAAGAUGUAGAUGAAUAAAUAUUUGGUGUCAUAUUAAAAAUAUUUCGAAAAAAGAAGACUGUUUUGGAUAUCUUUCAGAUAAAGGAAAUUAGCAAAAUUUAGAAUAAUCAAACUUGA